CGUAACACGCCUGACCUGACGCUUUCCAGAAUCAGCACAAAAACAAACGCGAGAUCCUAAUAAAACAGACCACAUACUCAUAGUUCUUUAUCAAUAACAAUCAAUAUGUCGGUGGAUUUCAAUAGUACUAAAUACGAUGACGUUUUAUCAUCUAUCUUAGUAAACGAACAGUCAAUUCUAGGAUUCUUAUCGGCAAUAUUCAACUUCCUUGCUAGACGUACCGACUUUUAUCAUGUUCCCGACGGCCCCUACGAGAACAUGGGCUUUCCUCCUGGAGUGGCAGAAGAGCUAGUAAUAAAGGUUUUAAGAACAUGCGAUCCUAAAAACUGGAAGGGCACAAACGGUGCCCGGAAGCCUGACAACUUUAACAACGAGAUCAUGUGCUCCACGGUAGCUCAAGAAGUUGAGGUAGUAGCUGAGAAUGGAGAUGAAAAUGAACCUAUAGAAAAUUAUCCUAGUGGAUCUGAAGUUGCUCAGACUACAGAACCGGAGAAGAUUGUAGAAGCGUCAUCUAGCGGUGAUACAAAAACGGAGUACACACCACCAGUGAUCCCUGUGCAAAAGAAUAGUGAAUCGUAUAAUGGUGCAGUGAGAGAUAAAUAUUCCUGGUCGCAAACAAUCACAGAAAUAGAUGUGACUGUACCACUGCCUCCAGACAUAAAGUCAUCAAAGGACUUGAAAGUGACAAUCAACCCAAAUGACCUACAUGUUGCAUACCGAAACAGCGGCACAAUAAUCAAGGACAUGCUGCAAUACAAGAUCAAAGCUAGCGAUAGUGUGUGGACCAUCAGUGGGGGAAAAUUAUUGAUUCAUUUAGAGAAGGUACAGGAACGAUGGUGGACAAAACUAGUCAACAGUGAAGAAGAAAUAGACUUGGACAAAAUUGAUUGUUCAAGGCCUUUGAACGAAUUGCCUGAAGACCAUAUUGCAAAGGUAAGAGAGCUGCAGUGGAAUCAAGAGCAGAAACUCAAGGGAUUGCCAACAAGUAAUGAGAUUAAAAAUAUAGAAAUUCUCAAGAGAGCUUGGAACGCCGAAGGCUCCCCAUUCAAAGGAAAAGAAUUUGACCCCAGUGUUCUACAGCCUCAUUAGUGAAUUAAACACAAGGUUUUGUGUAAUCUGUUA